CACUCCCCUCAAUAAUUCAAAAUGGAGUCUGACAGUAGUACAAACAACAGUGACGGAGCCUCUUCUCCAGAGGAAUCCAGAGGCAGUAAAGGUAGUUCAGUCUCCACUGGACUCAGAGAGGAAUAUGAGGACCUUCUCCGUUAUGCUGUGGUCACUCCAAACUUUGAUGGAAAGAUUAAAGGAGUUCUGAAACAGCAGAGUCAUAAUGAAGAGACUACACCAGCAGCUAGUGGACCUGGAGUGCAUUCUGUACAAGUGAGUCAUUUGGAUAUACCUGAUUAUCAAGAAGAGGGAGACAAUGAAUCAAUUGACAAUAAUGAAUGUCAUUACUUUCCUGCAGUUUCACCACCACACCCUCAACCUUCCGCUAAUAAUGAGCCAAAAGUUUCAUUUAAAAUGGACACUAACAAGCCAAAGUCCAAUGAUCAUGAGCUGAUGAGAUUAGGUGAGCAAAUGGACAGAUGGUGUUCUGAUUUGAAAAGGAACGUAUUAGCUGAAUUUGAACAGGCUCAGAUCAGAUCAAGAGAACAACAAAAAGCAGCUACUCUUCAAGAAAUUAAUGAUUUAGUGUCUCAGAAUCGGCUGCUUCAGUCACAAAUCAAUAGAAUUAAUGGACUUUUGACAACUUUCCAAUUAUCAAUUGACAAAAAAGAUGAAAUCAUCCAACGGUUAACUAAAUCUCUGCAGAAACAAAAAGACCGAAUUGGUUUAGCUAGAUCAUUUUCAAUGUGGAGGGGGCAGCACAAUGAUGAAAAAAGAGAAAUAUUUACUAGUACUUUGGCUGUAAAGCAUUAUAAUUAUAAACUAAAGAGAAAAGCAUUGCAGACAUGGUUUGGAAUUAUACAAAAUAAAUGGAGAGAGAGAGUACAGAAAGCUUGUCAAGUAAGAGCAGAGGAAGUAUGCCAGAAACUUAAAGCAAGUCACAACAAAGAAAUAAAGACAUUUGAGAAGUUGUUGGAGGAGAGAGAGGAGGAACUGAGCAGACUUUAUAAAGAAAGAGAUUCAUUCGAAGAAAAUUUGAAGAAAGCUUUCAUGAGAGGAGUGUGUGCCUUGAACAAGGAGGCAAUGACAAUGUUUAAUAAAGAACAACUGGGAGAUUGUGGUUACCACGGCAACCAGACAGUUUUUCCUCCUCCUGUUAAAGAAGGAGGAAAGUCAAGAGAACCAAAAGUUAUGAUUGAGAAGCACUUGCACUAAAAUAUCACUUACUAGUAAAAACUACUAUUACCAUUAUAAUUAUUAAAAUUAAUUAAUCUA